AUGCCAUAAAAAUUUUUCAAAAAAAGAUUAAAAUUUUUUUUUUAAAUGGAGAAAACCUUUUUGGCAGUGGGUUUAAUGAUGUUGUUGGGAGCCAGCUUCUUCUUGGAUAAUACCUUAGAAGUAUCUGAUGAAACCAAUAAAGCAACUCUUUUUGAUAAUUGGAAAACAAUGUAUAAUAUUUAAUAUCCAAACAAAAUUGAUGAGAGAUAUAGAUUAUAGGUUUUCAUUGAAAACCUUAACUACAUCAAUGCUUUCAAUCAAAGUCCAGAGAAAAAAACAUAUACUUUGGGAUUGAAUCAAUUUGCUGAUUUGAGUAAAGAAGAAUUUGAAGAGAUUUAUUUGAAACUCAGAGUUCCAAAUUCAGACAAUAUAAAUCCUAAAGACAAAAAUUUCAAAUACACAGAAGGAGCAAUCGAUUGGACUGAUGGGUCGAAAAUUAUAUACCCUGAUGUUAAACACUAAGGAAAAUGUGGUUCAUGCUGGGCGUUCGNUUAAAUGGAAAUACAGUGUUUAGGUUUAAUUUGCAAAAAUUUGAUAGCAACUGAAAUUAAAUAGACUUAUGAAUCAUCAAAAGACUCAAAAAUAAGUUUUAUUUGA